UUCAGUAGGUAAAUCACAGCACAGUAGCACAUAGCUGACUCACACACGUGUGAACACAACGUAUUGCACACUAUUUUAUUGUGGAGGCUAGACUGAGAGGCUUCCCUAGGGAGCAUAAAGCUCUCUUUCACUUCAGGAACAAUGUGGCGGGCCUUGUGAAGUGAGCGCAAGACACCACUAGGGGGCGAAAGAGUGCGACUGCAGCGAAGUGAGCCCAGGACAGCACCAGGAGGCGAAAGAGUAGGACUGCAGGUGUGGGCGUGUCCAUCGAUGUCAAGGCUCUUUGGUCUUCAGCCACCCAAUGAGCGGAGCGGGUCUGGGAGUGGGUGGGGGUUAAGAGGAAGCGCUGGCAGCUGGUUGGCCUUUGUAGAAAGGCGGGAAAAGCAGAGCGGAAGGUGAAAAAGACCCGAACAGCGCAGGGCCUUGCCCGCUCUGAGUGCCUUGAAGAGGGAGCAGAGGGCACAGCUAAGGAAGCACCUGGCUCAAAGCCUGAUAAGGCCUAUGGCUGACAUCCCCAUAUCUCACACACCCAUGAAGAAGUUGGCCGUGGACACAGAAGUCCUCACUGAGAAGGAAAACGCUGUGCCCCAGCCUGAGGCCUGCCCCUGUGCAGCCCCCCAGGAGGAGAGCCCUAAGGGGCCUCUGCUGCUCCACUGGCCCCUAGGGCCUUCGUCUCUGCCCUGUACUCCAACCACCCCAGAGCAGCAACUGGCAGUUUCUCUUUCUGGGGAGUCCCAAGGGCACCCUGCCCUGCCCAGCAUGUGCUCGAGUGUGAUCCUGGAUCCUUGUGCCACCCCUGACCCUCUUGAACUGCAGCCACAGUUGCCCGAUGCCUCAGCGGAGGCUUCGGUUUCUGCCUUCUUAGAAUGGGAGAGGAAACUGGAGGCAGCCAAGGCUCUGCUGGCUCUGAAGAACUCUUCUUCGGCCCCUCCUCCUGAUGCCUUGCCCCUACACCAGCCCUGCAGCCCACUGGCACCGGAGACAGAGGAGUCCAGCUUCCCAGCCCCUCCCUACGACCCAGCAGAGCGAACUCCACUCGAGUGGCUGUUGGACAUAUGCGCUGCAUUGUUCCCUUGACAUAAGAGCCCAGAGGAAGAGCCCUCACUAGAGCACUGCCAACUUGGUGUCCUGUUUCUGAAUAAAUGGUUAAUGUUCAAAGUGCUUAACACCCUUUUUUAAGCUUCCAGAUGUUUUAUAAGUUUUUGGACCCUUUUUGGACCCAUAAAUAUGCCGUGGGGCACUUCUUUCGAGGGAGGCUGAACACCCUUGUUCCUUCGUUCCUUAAUUCUUUAGAUGCCGGGCCUUUUGGGUAUCUGACAAAAACAGGAUUGUGCAACCUAGGAUAACCGGUCUCUCAAUGGGGUUCUGAGAAGUUUUGUUUGUCCUGUGAUUUUGCACGUAUGCUACGUGCACACAUAGACCCAUCUCUGCGUGCAUGUGGAAACAGGGGGAUGUUUUCGCUUUGUGCCUGGGUUUGUGAACAAACAAUAAACCGUUCUUGU